AUGCCCGUACACGCAGUGUACGAUGAUUAUUCCUCGGACUCGGAUUACUCCGAGACCGAUGUCUCCCUCCAUCGACCGGGUGUCAGAACCCAUAUUCGCCAGCGCUCUAUCUCUCGCCACCGCCGCCCGGAAGUCACUCAGUUCCUAGCACCAACCCAGACCCGCAUAGUCCGGUCGGCCUCGACAAGCGGCCGACGCCGCGAGCCACUAGUACCACCAGCACCGCCAGCACCGCCAGCGGUGAUGAUUUUCAACGAGCAAGGGCUGCAGUCAGAGAGUCGCGCGGAGAACAAGCCCCAUUCUCGACGGGUGCACCAGAAAUUCAAGGACGAUCACACCCACAACCACAACCAGCGCAUCAGCCGCUUCGAUGAUGAAGACGAUGCGCCGGCCCUCCCAGCCCGCCGUGGGCGCCCCCGCGCCGUCAGCACCGCCGCCUCGCGUGAGCCCUCCCCCUUUCACCGUGACCACGAGCUGGCUAUGAGCCAGCAACUGUUGAGUCACAACGACAUCCGGCAGGAUAUGACCCAGCAAAUCAUGGAGCGCGAUAAUCUCCGGCAGGAUUUGGAUCUCUGGAAGCAUCAACAGGAGAUCGAACGGCUGCAGCGACAGCUGCAGAAGUCUCGUGAUCGCAGCUCGCAUGAGCGCCAGCAGCUUAUUGUGAAUCCACCGGCCGAUCCGCGUGAGUCUCGGCUGAUCAGGGAGGAGGCCGAACUUUAUGAGGAAGAACUUUCGGAGCGACUGCGUAAGCUGCAGCGGCUUGAGCGCAAACAACAAUCCGCGGAGGAGGAACGCAAGGCUGAGGAGCGCUAUCAGCUCAAGAAGUAUGCGGCGGACAAGAGAACUGCUGCUGAGAAAGAGGAGAUUAGACACAGACUGGAAGAGGAAAGGUUGAAGGAUCUUGCACGUAUGCAGGAUGAGAAAGGACAGAGGGAGAAGCUCAUGCGGGAGGAGAGGUGGAAGGAGAUUGCAAGGCAGAAGGAAGAAGAAGAGGAGAGGGAGAAGCUUAUGCGGGAGGAGAAAUGGAAGGAGCUUGCAAGGCAGAAGGAGGAGGAGGAGGAACAUGAAAAGCUCGUUAGGCAGAUUCGAGAGGAAGAUAUGCGAAAGGCGAGAGAGGUCGAGGAGAAGCGGAAGAAGGAGAUCGCUAUGAAGGCUGCCGCUGUUGAGGAGUGGAAGCUUGAACAAGAGCGGAUUAAGAAAAGACAGAUCGAGGAGGCGGCGCGGCAGGCGAAGGAGUUCCGUGACCGACUUCGCAGCAUUGGCUAUUCCGAAAAGGAGAUUGAUAAUAUCAUCAAUAAGGAUAAGAAGGAUGAGGAGAAGAAGAAGGAAGAGGAGAAGAAGAAGGCAGAAGAGAAGAAGAAGGAAGAGGAAAAGAAGAAGGCAGAAGAGAAGAAGAAGGAGGAGGAGAAGAGGCAGGAAGAGACCAAGCUCACAUGGAUUAGGGUCCAUCGCAAGCACUUGCUGCCAGAUACCUUGAUCGCCUACGGUCUUCCUUGGGCUUUUGACGAGAAUGACGGCAACUACAUCAUCAUCAAAAAGUGGAUAGACCACGACUUGCAAGAUCAGCUCUUCGCCCACACCCUACGCCUACGCAAGGGCAAUGUCAUCGCCGAGACAUCCCACUCGAGGACCGAACUGAGAGUCAACGACCACAAAAAGGACAGAAUGUUCCUGGUCCGGAAGAAGAGCCCUUCAGGUCGGGUGCGCAUUCUCACAUAA